GUUUUCUUUACUCAGCCUUACUCACCUCACGAUCCUUUCUUUCCUUUUCUUGACCAACGCCACUAUAAUCCCCGCUCUUUCAUAAAUGCAACACUUCGACAUCUCCGACGACAUCGCCGAGAUGGAGCGUCUCGACCAGGAGCUGUGGGACGCCGUGCAAGCCGUGGAUGCCCAGGAGGCCCAAUACGACAACAGAGAUCUAGUCAGGCUGCCACAGACCAGGAGUUCCUGUGAUUAUCAGCAAACCUACAUUGGACUCGUCGCCCAUACAGAAGAAGUCCGAGUUCAACGGCCACAACCUACUGCGAAGGAGGUUGAAGAACCUCCUAGCUAUCCCCUAUGCGCCAAGCACCGAGCUGAGGAACGUCGAGCCAAAAAGGCUGCCCGCGACUUUGAGAAGCUCGCAUACCACCCCUAUACACCUCCGAUGUCAGAGAAUCGGAGCUUGAACACUACUUGGGAAUAUACCGGGCAAUCUUCAGAGGCGCAAGAGGAUUGCGGAGUCCACCCAUCUGAGGUUAUGCCCCUUCCAUUCGAGCACUCGAAUAUCUCCCCAAAAAAGAGGGCUAAGCGAGCUGCUCGAAAAACCGGUGUGCCCAGGUCGAUCUUGGCACUACCUGUCUGGGGCAGCUGGGGACCAGCUGGCAGCCCAGCCUACGUGUUCAUGUUCUUAUUUAGUCCAUAA